AUGUCUCGGGCGUACAACAGUGGCCGGCCUGGCGCCGGAGCCGCUGUGCCAAACAAGAGCAUACUCGGCGCGCUCAAGGCCACCGAGAUCAUCGAAUCCAAGGCCACUCUACCUGCUGAAAUCCUGGCGACUAUCCUCGAUUACCUCCCAAUCCCCGACCAAAUCUCUUUCGCCCGCACCUGCCGCCGAAUGCGCGAAAUGGUCUACGACGACACGCGAUGGGUAUCCCGCCUGCAGAGCAUGGGCGCAUGGAACGAGGCGGAAGCACGGCGGCGCUUUGACGAGGCAAUGCAGAAGCGAAGGCGUGACACGGCUGCCGCGGCGACUGCGGCAGGUGCUCCUACCGGCAUAGGAGGAAACGGACUGGUUGGCGGUGGAAGCAGCAGCGUCGGUGUGGUGCCCGGUGCUCACCGCGUGUCCGCGGCUCCCGGUGGACGGUCAAGGCAGGCCAGUGGAAGCACGACACUGUUCGAUGCCUCGCUCGAAGAGGAGCGGCGGCGACAGCUUCACUUGCAGCAGCAACAACGAGAACAGCAGCAGCAGCAGCAGCAGCAGCAGCAGCUCGCACAGGCCCACGAUGGAUUCGAGACACUGACGGUUGGGGGCAACGGAGCCCAAGCACGACCGCCACCGGCAGAAAAGAGCCCGCUCCAAGAUACAGAGGCGCUGCUCGACGUGUUUAAGAAUGUGCAGAGCGUGCGAGGCCAUGCGCGCCAGGAAUUCGGCAGGAUCUAUGGCGCCCUGGGGCCGUUUUACUGGGAUCUACAGCGGUCGCGGACACACGCCGACCCGGCCAUCUUCAAGGUCUUUCGCGACCCAGAGCGCCAGGCGCGGAUGCUCGCCAAUUUGCGCACAUUUGCCCAGAGCGACUGGGCGCAGGGCUGGCGCCAGCGUGAAGAGAAGCUCACCUCGAUGACGAGUAUCUUUGAGAGCGCCGUGCUGCGCGAGUUCGAACAGGGGUAUGAAUUCUGGGACGUUGACGGCCGCAUGCGCAAGUACGCCCACGUACUCGACCUGCUGGGCGGCAGCGCCGCCGGUGUCGACCUCUUCAUCCAGAAGCACCCGCUCUUUGACGACCACGAGCUAACAGCCAUGAACGCCAUGGACUGCAUCAACCUUGCACCCCGUGCGACAACCGCGCCCGAAAACGUCAUCACGCUCGACCCGUCGCGCGGUUUCUUCGAGCUGCUGACGCGCAAAGUCAACGACCAGAGCAGCGUCAUCGGCCGCAUCUUUCCGCGACCCGGCCGCGUGUUCUGGGCACUCGUGGACAAGGUCCGCGAAGACAUCAUCAUGGAGUAUAUCACGCCACUGCUCGACGAGACGCACGAGCGUAACCUGCCGGCCUACUUAACGGCCGUGUCGGGUCUCUUUGAGCAGGCCCUGCAGUUUCUCAAGGCGCUGGAGCCGCCCAAAUCGCCUGACGCUGACCAGCCAAAUAAAGCAGCUGGACCAGCCAAGACGCAUACCAAGAACACCCCGAGCGCCGCAUCUGAUGAGUUUCAGCGACCGGGGAAGCUGAAGCGGAGAAGCACAAAGACGCUGCCGGCAGCGCCCGUCUCCGGAACGGCGGACGAGGAAGAAGACGAAGACGACGAGGAUGCGUGGCGACCUAAGGCCCGGCUUCGGAAAGUGCGCGAGCUUGCCUUCCGGACAUUUGAGCCGCACCUCGACCUGUAUCUGCAGGAAGAGCUCGAUUACUUUACGAAACACACCGAGACCGAGGUACGCGUGUGGGACAAGAAGCUGUCAGAACAGGACGCCAAUGUGGAAUCGUUUUACAUGGCCAACUUCAACCGGCAAGAGGACAAGAAGGAUUUCCUGAGCUCGUUCAAAAAGGUCGUCAUGAUGCCCGUGACCGUCCUGCCCAGCUUGCCUGGUCAGCUCAACCCUUUUGCGAGUGGCACCAGCAGCGGCGCCAAAGCCUCAGGCGCGAGCGACUCCAACCUCUCCCUCCCGCCGCAAUCACAAGCACUCUCAACGACAGCUUCUGGCCGGGUGACACCGAACCCGCUCAGCCAGCUGCCCGAAAAGGCACCCGACGACGAGCUGGCGGCCAAAGCAGCCCUCAUGACGUCGCGGUUGGAGGGUAUCAAGUCGCUCUUCAGUCUUGAGAUGGCGCUCAACCUUGUGCACGCGGCCAAGACGAGUCUCGGCCGUGCGGCCGUCUUUGUCCAGCUGGGCGGUCAGGCCGCCGGAGAGGCGCGCGAACAGUGCGAGACCAUCUUUGUGGUGUUGUUGCGCAUCUUGGGCAACGGCCACGUCAAGCAAGGUUUUGAUCGCGCCGUCGAGCACCUGUCGCAGUACAACCCUCGCACUGUCGUCGUCCGGCCGACAUCAACUGUCUCGACCACUGGCGAAGGCAGCAACGGCGGCGCCUCCGAAAAGGAUCCCGCCGCCCAUGCCAGCAAUGCCGGCCCUGGCGACGGGGGAGUCGCACCACUCAUGACGUUCAUCGAGCUUGUCAACGUGGGCGACCUGAUCUCCCAAAUGAUCGACGUGUUCUACGAGCAGCAGCUGGCCGGGCCCAAGAUUGCCGACCGCAACGACUUUCUCGACCCGGCAGGCCUGGCUAAGAAGCGGUUCGAGCAGAUGAUUGACGAGAGCGUGGCGGCGGGACUCAACAAGGGCAUCGAUGUCCUCAUGGACGAGGUCGAGUACAUUUGCGCCACCACGCAGAAGCCAACCGACUACUAUCCGGAAGCCGUCGAGGCCGUUGCCGAGAGCGGCCUAUUUUCCUUGAACGGCACGCUUGCCAGUGUUACGGGUGUUGUUGGCGGCGGUGGUGAUGGCACAUCAACGCCCAGGUCCGGCGGCGGGUCGGCCAUCGCCCCGGGCGCCCCCGGCAGCGGUGGCGCCCCUGCAGCCAGUGCCUUGGAUCCCUUUGCUGCCGCCGACAUUGGCCCUACGAAAACGGCGCUGCGCGUCGUCGACCUCGUGCGCGGCCACACCAACAUGCUCAAGGGCAGCACGGAAAAGACGAUGCUCGACGUGUUCAACGGCGAGGUCGGCCUGCGCCUGUUCACGGCCGUCUGCAAGCACCUCAAGCGGCAGCGCAUCAGCAUGGCCGGUGCGGUGCAUGUGAUUGCCGACAUGACGCUCUACUUUGACUAUGUGCGGACGCUGCGCAACCCGGACCUGCUGGCGUACUUCCGGGCGCUGCGCGAGCUGAGCCAGCUGUACCUGAUCGACGCGCGGCACCACGCCAAGGAGAUGGCGGUGAUCAUUGCAGACGGCGACCGGUUCGGCGGCGUGUUCCGGGCCGAGGAGGUGUACGAGUUUGCCGAGCGGCGGGCCGACUGGUACCAAGUCAAGCGAAACGUGGAGCGGGCCAUGUACGGUCUGGAGUGUUCUGUAAUGUAG